GCGGCAGCAAGAGCCGGCCUCUAUGAUGAAGUUCAAGCCCAAGCAGACGCGGACCUACGACCGCGAGGGCUUCAAGAAGCGGGCUGCGUGCCUGUGCUUCCGGAGCGAGCAGGAGGGCAGCAGUCGGUACCCAGAUCAAUGGGUUGUCCCAGGAGGAGGAAUGGAGCCCGAGGAGGAGCCUGUCGGUGCUGUCGUGAGGGAGGUUUAUAAAGAGGCUGGAGUCAAAGGAAAAUUGGGCAGACUCCUGGACAUAUUUGAGAACCAAGACCGAAAGCACAGAGCAUAUGUUUAUGUUCUUACUGUCACUGAAAUAUCAGAAGGCUGGGAAGCUUCUGUUAAUAUAGGAAGAAAGAGAGAGUGGUUCAAAGUAGAAAAUACCAUCAAAGUUCUCCAGUGUCAUAAGCCUGUGCAUGCCGAGUACCUGGAAAAACUAAAGCUGGGUUGUUCUCCAACCAAUGGAAAUUCCACAGUCCCUUCCCUUCCAGAUAGUAACACCCUGUUUGCAACUGCUGCACAGACCUCUGGGCUGCCCUCUAGUGUAAGAUAGAAUUGGAAGGACCUCUUCCACCAUGUACAGUCUCGUGGGCAGAGGCUUUAUUAUCCUUGGCAAACAUCUGAAUGACGCUUGCAAACUGUCUGAAUUUGCCAUGCAGGAUUUUCAAACAAUCUGCAUGUUUUUCAGGUGCUUUCAAAUCUUCUUUUAAAAAAAAAAUAGUGUAAAAUAUUUUAAUAAGCCAAAGCCACGUGGAUUUUUUUUUAGAUGCCUUAACUGUGCCCCCAGCCCACCCACCUUAUUAUUUUGGUUGGCAUUUUCACAGCAUUUUUUUUUUCAGUAUUUUGUCCAUCUGAUGUCCGUCUGUGGUUUUUGUCAGAUCAGCUUAUUCGUGGGUAUAUUUCCCCCCUAAAUUGUUUUCUCAUUCACAGUAUUAACAUAUUCAACAAAUCCUUCUGUUGUGGGAAUUUACGACAGUAAUUCUUGAUAUUAAAGCAGUCCAUCAACCCAAAAACUUGUUUCAUAGGAUCACAAUUUUGAUUCAUAGAUUCCAGAUUUGGAUUAUUUCUAUAUGGCCCUAUUUUCAGGAAUUUGUCAACUCAUUUGUCUCAGUUUUCACACGGGUAUUAUGUCCCUAACUACCUGAUAUGGCCAAUUCCCCUAAAACUCAGUAGUCCUCUAACACAAAGUUUAACUCUGUAGAGCUGGUGAUUGUCAGGCAGGUACCGUAAGCAAAAUGCAUGUAGUACAUAACAUCACGAAAACUGUAUUCAUGGAAUUUGAGUUAGCAUGCUCCACUGCCAAUUCCCUUCAUCCAUAAUCUCUC